AUGAAUAGUGAAAGACAAAACACUGGUCCACGUCAUGCAUACAAUGCUUCAGCAUCUUCUGUGGGAUCAAGUUUCAACGCUCAAAUCUUUAAUUCAACUAAAGCAAAUAGAUCAAGUUCAAGUGGUGUACGGAUGGGUCCAACUACGAACAGUGCUGAAGCUUUCAUUAAUACGAAUGUGGGUGGUAACAUUGCCAAUGAAACCCAAAGUCUUCGUACGAUUGAUAGAAUACCGAGUGCUAGACCGAGUGUUACUUAUCUGGAUAAAUUGUGGACCCAGAUUGAUGUGUUAGAUGAUGUUAAAGCGAUGGCAGAAGAAGUUAGACAAAAGGGAUCUUUCUUUAAUCUGAAGUUUGAAGAAGAGUUAAAUAAUUUGAAAAGCCUGCAAAACAAUCUCUUAAAAACAAUGUCUACACAACAUUUUGAUGAUUUAAAAACCAAAGAAGCUCAAAAAACAUUAAUGAAAUCACAAUCGUCACAAAGAACAGUAGCUUCAAACGAGCUUGAUUAUGAGAGUAAUAAAGUCAAGGGGAAAGAAGCAGGUAUUUCAAGACAAGAGAAAUUAAAUGAAUUCUUUGAUGAUGAUGAAAAAGAAAAGCAUACUAGAGAAUUAUUUAAUAGAAAGCAAAACUUGGAUGAGAUGAAUAAAUACAUAGCUCAGAUAAAGGAUGAUUUGAAAGCAGUAGCCACAUCAAUGAAGAAAUUUGAUGAAACUACUAAAGAACAAUGGUAA